GUUUUUAUGAGGUGGGCCCCAGAUGACUUCAUCAAAAACUCUGCUCUAUAUAUCCCGGCGAUUGCCUCCAUUUUCUCCCUUCAAACAAUUUGCACUUCCUAUCCUAAGAAAACAAACCAGUUCUUGAGAGAAACAGGCUUAAUGGGAGAGAAAGUUGAGACUAAGAAUGAAGCAGAGAAGAAGGCGGAGGAAGGCGGCGAGAAGGCGGCAGCGGACGGCGGUGCAAAAACAGACGAAGGGCCAAUCACGGUGGUGCUGAAGCUCGACUUGCAUUGCGAAGGCUGUGCCAAGAAAGUCAGACGCUCCGUCAGCCAUUUCGAAGGUGUUGAGAAAGUGAAGGCUGAAUGCGAGGCCAAGAGAUUGACUGUGACGGGGAAUCUGGACCCCGCUUGGCUCCGGGAGAGAGUUGAAACCAAGACCAAGAAGAAGGUGGAGCUCAUCUCCCCUCACCCCCCAAAGGACGGCGGAGGUGGUGGCGCCGCCGACACGAAGGCCGAGGAGAAGCCGGAAAAGAAAAUUGCAGAGGAAAAGAAGGCGCCCGAUGACAGUGAGAAACCCAAGGAGGCUGCGGUUAGCACUGUGGUGAUGAAAAUCAAGCUGCACUGUGACGGAUGCGCAAAUAAGAUAAAGCGUGUCAUAUUAAAGAACGUUAAUGGGGCUAACAGGGUGACGACGGAUUUAGAAAAACAUUUGGUCACGGUGAUUGGAACAAUGGACACGAACAAACUCACCACGUACUUGAAAGAAAAGCUGAAAAGAGGUGUAGAGAUUGUUCCUCCCAAGAAAGACGACCACGCUUCAAACCAGAACGUCAAAGAAGUAGGCGGAGGCGAGAAAGAGAAAGGCGGCAGUGGUGGUGGUGCUGGAGAGGAGAAAAAAGACAAAGAAGGCGGCAAAAGUGGUGGCGGUGGUGAUGAAAAGAAAGAGGGUGGCGGUAACAAAAAGGACGACGAAUCAAAACGUGACGGUGGCGGAGAGGGAAGCAAAGGGAACGAAGGAACGAAAGUUGAAGUGAACAAGAUGGAGUACAAUAGUUUCAAUCCGCACACAUACUAUGCGAUGCCCAUGUACAAUCAAACCUAUGCCAAUCAAGACUAUGUUCAUGUGCCCAUGUAUCAUCAUCAAGGUUAUCCGAAUACGGGGUACGUGGUGCAGUACGCACACGGACCUCCUCCGCCACCUCCGACGUACUUAAAUAUGAACGAUAAUACCAACGAUCAUAUGUUUAGCGACGAGAAUCCUAACGGAUGUUUUAUUAUGUAAAGAUGGAUAAUUAUUAAACAGCUCUCUGUCUUAAAACCAAGAGUUGGAAUUUUCAAUUGUAAAUACUAAAAACAAUUUGUUACGUAAAAACUGUAAUACAUAUAUAUACAUAACAAUGUAUAUAUAUAUGAGAACAAAAUUUCCUUUUCGGAGAAGCAUUUGUACGAUGUAGUAGAAAUAUUCAAACCGCUAGCCGGUGUUGUUUUUCUUGUUU